GGCAGAGUCCUCGAGAGGAGCCCCCCUUGGAGGUACAACUAAGGCUUGCUGCGGAUCGGCCCGUCUAAGAUAUCAUGGGGAGUGACUUUGAGCUGAUGAGAAAUUUAAAAAAAACCUGCCAUAUUGAGGAACUUGGAUGACUUUACCGGGAUUCCUGACCGAUUGAUUUUGCUCAUUCUGAAAUGACAAGCACAAAUUUACUUCUCUGAAUGAGUGUACUUAUUUUAACAAACAGCGACAGGCUGCCUGCGGUGUGUUUCAUCAAAGAUGGUAAAAGAAAUGGUUGGAAAUUGUUAUUCUUUCCCUGCUUGAACUGCCAUUCAUCCGCAACGUGAGCAAUCAUUUCCACUCGUCUUAUCUGCACUUUUAUGAGCAACUUGAGCAUGACUGCAGUGACAGGCACGAUUCAAGUGAAGACAUAAAAAUGCUGCUGUGGAAUUCUGCUGCGGUCGUGGAUCCGUUAGGGAACAGCAGUGACAACGGGGCUGGCAAUGUGGAACAGGUCCUUGUCCCUAUAUUUGAUGUUGUGAUCCUGGUUUUGGGUGUUGGGGGGCACACCACGGUGAUGGUGAUCCUAUGUAGGAGGAGCAGGGGGCGGACGGCUCAGUCAGGAACAGGUACGGACAUCCUCCUGUUGGCCCUGAGCUUUGCCGAUCUUCUCCUACUCGUCACGCUUCCUUUCCACACCGCCGCCAUCGCCAUGCAGCAGUGGCCUUUCGGGGACUUCCUGUGUCGUCUGGCGGGCUUUUUGGGAUCGGCCUGCACCUCGGCCAGCGCUUUCACGCUGUCCACCCUGGCCGUGUCACGCUACAUGACGGUAGUGCACCCUGCCAGAACGUAUCGCUUCCUCUCUCCACGCCACGUCACCAUGACAGCCGCGCUGCUUUGGGUCCCGGCCUGCUGCCUGGCAGCACCGCAGCUGGUGUUUCGUUUUGUCGGAAGCUCUCCCAAUAACCCCAAUGCCCUUGCUUGCUUCGCUUUCCUGUACCACCGAGAUCAGCUAAUUUACGGAUUGGUCCACUUCCUGGUGGCGUUCUUACUCCCCCUGGUCACCAUCGCCAUCGCAUACGGUAAUAUCUACUUGUUCCUGUGGAGGACUCGGAGUGCUGUUCAAGCUCCGCAAGUUGAACGAUAUCACAGCAAGGUAACCCAGACGUCGGCUAUACUGGUGGUGGCAUUUACCCUGUGCUGGCUGCCUUCCUAUGGCUUGACAUUGACUUUGCUAUCUGACAAAAGCUCGGGGGCCACCGGCACCUCACCACGUUACGGCCCGUUCAGCGUGUUUGCACGACUCAUGGCCAUCACGUCGACGGUGUUAAACCCCAUCCUCUAUGUGCUCAUCUCCCAAAGGUUCAGACAGGAUCUGCUGAGGCUGUUUAAGAGGGAAGGGCAGAGAGCCAGUGGGGGCGGGCCUGCCUGAUUGACAGUAAUUACGAAGCUGCUGCACAAACACUGGGCUGAUCCCCACUCCUGGGAAUUACAAUUAAUCAUUUGAAAAGACUACUUGCGAGGAAUGGGCACUGCUGAGUAUUUCACAACAAGCUGUUAAGAAUCUUGCUCCUUUAUGAGACAACCGAUAACCUUGAUUUUUGUCAAGCAAUCAUGCAUAUGAAUCAUUGAAGAUCUCCAAAAGGACUGUUGAGAUUAUGGAAAAGAGACGAAAAAAAAAAAAAGUCUCUUUCUGUGGUGUUG